AUGGAUACUGACGUUUGUCCGAACAAUCCCCCACCUAAGAAAAAUUUUGAGGAAGCCGACCAAAUAAUUCACUUAGACUAUCCCCAACUAAUGCGAGCGGUCAGUUAUGUCAAUGAAAUUAUUGAGAAGGAAAUUGCGGCUGGCAUUCCUCCUGAAAAAAUUAUUAUUGCAGGCUAUUCCCAAGGUGCUUUAUUAACUUUGGCGGUGGCUCUCACUUCUCAACAUAAAUUAGGUGGACAAGCCAUAUUGUUGGCAAUGGAACUGCAAAAAGCGUUAGGAAUUUAUGAAGAAGUUAAAAAUGAGACUAAUCCCGAAAUAAUACAACAAAAAUCAUUGCAAAGAUUACAAGAAAUGGAUGAUAAAGAACAAAAGAAAGUUCUUAAAAAGAUGAUGGAGAUUUAUCAAGAAAAUGCUCCUGCUUUUUUGAACGCAGCGGAUUCAAGACCCGUCCAGUGUGGGUUCGAGUCCCACUUUGGUAUAACAAAAGCGGGUGUUAAAAAUGACACUCUCACCGCCAAGGAAAUAAAUCAACUUAUUGAUGUCGAUGUUUUGAUAAAAACACACCUUAAAAUGGGAAAUAUUUGGGCGGUUAUGGCGGGUUUGGAAUUUAUAAAGGUAGCAGGCGUUCCAGAAAGCGAAAGAAAUAAAACUUUUACUGAAAUAGGUGGUCGAGUAUUUAAUGACGAGCCAAUGGACUUAACUUCUCUCCACGAGCGAGAAAAAAAUAUUAAAGGGAAGGAGAGAGAAUUUUUCCCAAAGAAAAUGAUGAAGAUAGCAAACAGGAUAUUGAAAAAGAUAAAGAAUGAUAUUUUGUUCUCGUGGACCGAACAGCAAGAGUAG